GGCUGUGGGGAGCAGGAGGAGGAUGCCGUGGGUCCCUGGUGGAGCUGGGAGCAGGACCUAAGGGGUGAUGGCUGCAUCCCGCUGCUUGCCAUGUGCUCCCUGGGAGGGGAUCCCACUGUGACUGGUGCUCCAGCAGAGGCCAGGCUGCAGGGGGGAGCAGUUGUCCUUCCCAUGUGCCUUUCUCCUCCCUGCCCCAUCUUUCCCCAGGUUUGCACGUCUUCGCCCUCGCCUUCGCCUUGGAGGUGUCAGUGGGGAAGACCAACACUGUGAUGGCCCUGAAUAACUCCAAUGUCCUGCUGCCCUGCACCUUCACCACCUGCAUAGGCUUCCAGGACCUGGUCUUCACGUGGUAUUUCAACUCGACAGAGAUGAUUUACCACGGCAAGAUAAAGAGCAAAGCCUCGGAGCCCUUGCUGGUGGCGCGCAACCCACGAGUCGAGUUUGUGGGCUCGACGACCAAGAAGGACAACAACAUCUCCAUCCUCCUGAAGAACGUGGACUUCAGCGAUGCUGGGAAAUACACGUGCCAUGUCAAGAACCCCAAGGAGAAGUAUGCGCAGCACAACGCCACCAUCUUCCUCACCGUGGUCCAGAAGAUGGUGGAGACAGACAACACUGUGACGCUCAUCAUUGUGGGCGUUGUGGGGGGGCUCAUCGGCCUCCUCAUCCUCUUCAUGCUCAUCAAGAGGGUUGUCCUGUUCAUCAUCAAGAAGACUCAGGAUGGGAAGAAGGAAUGCCUCGUGAGCUCCUCGGGCAACGACAACACGGAGAACGGCUUGGCUGGCUCCAAGGCGGAACAAAAAGCACCACCAAAGGCAUGAAGCAGCGGCACCCCGCGCCCGGCCUGCCCCGCAGCGGGGACAGGGGCAGGGGGCCAAGCCUUUCCCUUUUGUUUUCUUCCCAAACUGCCAAUGCUUGAGACCUGUUUCUAUUACACACGUGCCUGCAACCUGCGCUGCUUCUCGGAAAAGACUUAGGCUGCCGUGGGGA